AUGCAAGACUUAAAGGCUAUUCAAACAAGAUUAAAUGAUGAUCUUUUUUCAACAACACAAGAAACAUGUCUUGCUUUAUGUCGUGUACAAGACGUAACAAAAAAAUCCAAAGAUAAAAUGUACAUUUUAUGUGCUUGCAUUUAUCAAAAAGCAGAUCCACAACCAACAUUACAUGUAGUUCGAUUAGGUGAAAAAGCAAACGAAAUAGCUAAAAAGAAAAUAAAUAUUAUCUUAUCUGAAAUAAAAACAAUUGAUUAUGCUCCAGUAAUAAAUGAUAAACGUCAACAAUCAUCACUUAGUAUUGAUAUAACAACAGCAGAUCGAGAUUACUCAUUUAUUGCAUUAACAUCAGAAGAAAAAAAAGAAUUUAUUACUAAUUUAAGAAAAAUAACAGCUCAUUAUUUAAAACAUAAUCGAGAUAAACCUAAAUAUCUUAAUGUUCCAAAUGAUGAUGAUUUAGUAGGAAAUACAACAAAUCUUGAACCAUUAUCAAGUCGUACAUCAUUACCUGAAACAUGGGAUGCAAUAACACAACAAGAAGAACAAGAUUUAGCUAAUCUUAUGUCAGAAUAUGAUUUUGCUAUUAAAGAUGCUGAACGUUUCGUUGAUAUGCUUCAACAACGUUUAACUGAUCUUGAUGUGGCAAAUGUUGAAACAGUAAUGGCAUCAGAAAAAGGUGCCGUUCAAUUAAUGAAUAUGUUAGAUAAAGCAGUUGAAGAAAUAUCGAAAAUUGAUGGUCGUUUAGGUCUUUAUGAGAAAAAAUUAAGUACAGUAGCUGAUGCAGUUAAAAUUAUGAGUCGAAAAGAUUCAUUAAUACAAAUUGAAACAGCUAAUGUUCAAAAAUUAUCUGAAGCACUUGAAAAUUUACUUGAAAUGCAAGAUUUUUCAGAUGAUAAUAUUCAAUUAUUACAAAAUAGUGAUUUAACAAAUGAUAAUGAUCGAACAAUAUGUAUUCAAGCAGCAACAUUAUUAACUCAGGCAUUAUCUGUACAAUUACAACCAGGAAUGGAAAAAAUGGUUGCUAUUAGACAACGACGAGAGUUACUUGAACAAACUCAAAAAGCAUUUUCAUUACGAUGUAAAAAUUUUCUUAGUAGUAAAUUUGUUUUUCAUUCUCAAGAAUAUGGUGAUCGUUUUGAAUCAGGUGCUAAUGAAUUACCACGUCAUGGUGAAAAAUUAACUAGACCACUUUUACCUUUUAGUCCUUUAUGUCAAUGGUUAAAAAUAUCAUCACUAAAUCAUUUUAAAGAUGUUUGUCAAGCUUAUGUUUCACAAAUACGACCAAUUUAUACUAAAGAAAUUCAUGGAUUUUUUGAAUCAGCUAGAUUAGGUGUUACACGUGGUAUUGUUACAAUGUCAGACAAACGUUCGGCUGGAUCUGUUUCAACAUUAAAUACAACUCGUAAAGAAAAACAGCACAUGCAAAAUUCAUCAGCUAGUGGUAUACCAGAUUUUGAUCCAUUUUCAUUACGAAAUUCAACAAAAGAAUUUCGUACACGAUGUGAUAAAGUUUUUGAACGUGUUUUAACGCAAAUUGCACCUGCUGUACGUGAAGAACAAUUAUUUUGUGUGAAUUUUUUUAAUUUUCUUGAAGAAGAAACUAUUUCGGGUGAUAAUGCCCCAGAAUCAACAGAAAGUAUUGAAAAUUUUAGUUCAUCAGGUUUAAAACAAAUGCUUUCGGACUUAUUUGAACCAUUUGAUAAGGAAAUAAAAGCAUUAAUUACUCAUAUAAAAAGUGUUGAUCCAUUUACGAUUCUUUAUUUAUUUGUUCGUAUGAGUGAAAAUACAAUAGCUGUACAAAACUUUGGAGCAUUUCUUAAUAAAUUAUUUGCUGGAAACUUAAUAUUACUUAAACGAGAAGUUGAUAGUUAUAUUAAUGAUACUUGUUUACGUAUAAAUGAAUAUCGUCCAGUUAAAAAUCGUCGAGUUGGAAUUUUACCAUUUGUGAACUAUUUUGCAGAGUUUAGUGAAGAAGCAGAAGUUAUUUUUGAUAAAUCAGCAAGAGCAGUGGAUUUACAUAGAGUUUAUAAAAAUUUAGCAGUAGCUAUUUUUCGGGGUAUUGAAGAAUGUGCCGCUACAAUGGUUCAUGAUGCCAAAACACCUGAUUCAAUGGUUCGACUUGAAAAUUAUCAUCAAAUGCAACAUAUAAUGGGUAUCAAUAAAUUAUCUGCAUUAGAAGCUGAAAAACAAGAAGCACGAAAACAUUAUAAUGCUGCAAAGGCCGAAUAUGAACGUGAAUAUUGCAGAUUUCCAUUUGAACGAUUACAUAACUUUUUUGAACGUGUUGAUGAACUUCGUAAACGUUUAGCUAAAGAUGAAGAUGUACAAUUUCAAAGUGAUUGUAGUGUUAUUGAAUUACGUCGUCUUGUUCGUGAACAUCCACCAAAAGAAGUUAAACGUGGUUUAGAAAAUUUAUAUAAAAAAAUUGAAAAACAUUUAUCAGAAAAUUCAUCACUUAUGCAAGCAAUAUGGCACGAUAUUCAAACUCUGGUAUUAGAAGAACAUCAACGAAUGACAAAAUUAAUUGAACUUUGUUAUCCAAAUUCGAAUAUCCAACUUGAAUUUACUGUUGAACAUUUACUUGCUUUUUUUACAGAAACAGCACAUACUUCACAUUAA